AUGGAAAGCCAAGCAUACGCAAAUCCUCUAUCCCUUCGUUUAGCAUCUAUAGCUGCCGACCCAAAUUAUUCAGUCCCUCACGACCAUACCAAGGUGCCUCCCAGCACGAGGGCAGAUAAGGAUAUUGACGCUGGUACACAACUAACUUACGACAUCACUAAAGAAUGCAUGGCCCUGUUUGGACAGUUUCUCCGCCAGCCCGAGAACCCGCUCACAGGUUUUAUCUCUUUCUUGGAGUGGCAGUUCUUCCCAUGGCCGGUUGAUUUAGAUGCAUUCGCUCACGAGAGCGCCAGACUGGACAUUAAAUUGAAGCUGGAGCCUGAUUUCCCACACCUCGUGAUGCCACCACUAGAAAUUCUCCAAAAGGACUUGCGUCUACUUAUAGAACUUGAAUCAAGAAGCUUGAUUUUACAUCCCAACCCUCUAUCACACGGGAGGGGCAAUACCAACUCGAACGAUGGUCCUCCAUGGCUUCUUUCGGAUGCAGCUGAAGAUGCUAUGAAGGGCAUCAUCGGAUCCGUCUACAGGCUACGACACCUCAUUACUGGAAUUAUGUCACCUUUAAGAGAUCAUUUAAUUCUCGAAGAGAAUAUCGUCGACUUUGCAAAGCAGCUCCCGAGGGAUGGUUUCGAAGACAAGGCCCGGCUGAUCUUAGAGCACAAGUUCCCAAAAGCCGAAGAGAGGCUGAUCACGAAACUGGUUGAAAGCAUUGCAGUUCGCCGUCAUCGUAUCUUGUACCAGCGCCAGCACUACAAGGAAAUGAGGGCAAAUCGGGUUGAUGGACAAGAUGAAGGAUGCAAACAACAAGCCUCAACUUUCCUUGCAGUUGAAUCUCCAUGGAUGGACGAGUCUAGAUACCCUAUUCCUCCAAAGGCAGAAGGUCUUUCCAUGUCUGCCAUAUGUCAGAUCUGGUUCCAAGAGCUGCAGGUUGUAGGCAAUGAAGAUCCAAUGUGGUGGGAAAAACAUAUUGAAGGCGACAUGGAAUACUACGUUUGCCUCUCUGAGGAUUGUGAUGAGUCGCUAUGCUACUUCAGAAGUUUUAAUUCCUGGCUCGAUGAGAUGAACCGGGAGCAUGUGUAUGACUGUCCCGGGCUUGAGAGUGAAUGGCGAUGCAAAGUUUCAGAAAAUUGCUCCAUUUCCUUUGACAAUGAAGAUUCGCUCCGAAAGCAUCUUGCGGACAAUCACUCGACCGACCUCGAGCCAACAGGCUUACAGCUGGCAGUAGAGAAAAGCAAAUUUCUCCAGCCCAGAGACUCGAACAUAUGUCGGUUCUGUGAAAAGUCCAUCAAUGACUCGGAACCGAUCAUCCAGCAACCCAAAACAGAAAAUGAUGGCUCUCAUAAAGAGGUCCAUCAGCGGCCCGACGGCCAGCAAUCCGUAGUGGGGGCUCUGCAGAAUGAUGAGAACAACGAAAAGCGCUCUGUUACUAACGCCAACAGCUCCAUAAGACCGAACAAAAUGGAUCUACGGAUGGCCGCUUACAUUGCUGACCACUUGAAGAGCGUAUCACUCUUAUGCCUUUGGGGUCUAGAUUUAAAGAGAGAAGAACGGCAAGAGGAAGAUUCCGGAGCAGACAUGUUUGGUAUAUCCUGAUACAGGGGAGCUCAUUAUAGUAAUGUUGAUUUAGUCAUGCUUUACUAUUACACGUUUAAUUACUUCUU